AUGUCCGGAACUACAAGAAAGGCCUCCCAUGGGGGAGGUGGUCAUAGAACGUCAACCACGGACUCUGCAGCAACUUCUCCAACCGCACGAAUGCCCUCACAUUCGACCCAGUCUUCUGUUAAUGGUUUUGGACGAUCCCCAUCUUCAAGGCACUCCCCUGGCCCUGUCUCUGCUCGAGCAGCAGCCCGUAAACCCGGCGCGGGCCGGUCCAACCUCAGCAUGAGCUCUGUACCCAGAACCUUCUCGAGUCCCUCAGACGACGAUGCCAGAGCUCAAAACGCCGCUCUCAUCGAUGAACUGAAAGAGCAGGUUCAAAAAGCGGAAACUGUCUCUGACCAGUACCGGAAACAACUAGGCGUCCUGCAGCUGAGGCUUGAUGAAGCGGUUAGCGAACAGGAGAGACUUGAAGAGCAGGCACAUGAAAAGGACAGCGCAUUAAGCGCGCUCCAGGGAGAGGUUAAAGAAUUGACAAGGCAAAUUCGUGAUCUGGAGCAAGCUCAUGAGACAGAACGGGUGGCCAUGGCAAAUGAAAAGGACCAACAAACAAAAAGGGAGGAGGAUUUAGAGUCAACUAUUCAGCGUCUGAAAGAAACCAUUGCGCAGAAGGAAUUUCGUAUCAAUGUGGAGAAUGAGCGUAACGUCUCCAGAUCGCCGAGUUUUCGAAAUAGAGCCUCGGCAGAUCUCGAGAACGGGCAAUUCGCGCCAUCUUCCCAGCUCCAACGCAGCCCUUCCCGAAACAAUUCAAAGCUAAUUUUACAAAAGGAUAAGCUCAUUGAGUCUUUGAGACUCGAGUUAGCGGAAGCCCAGAUAAAGCUUGUCGAAAUGGAAAAUCUAGGCGGUGGCCGCCAACAUGACCUGGAGCGCGAACUUUUGGAAGCUAGAAUGGCAAACGCUCGCCUGAUGGAAGACAAUGAGAGCUACCAGCUUCUUCUAAGUGAGAAAACAUUGAAUGGGGAUUUCUCCAAGGGCGAUUUCAUGCAUGAGAACAACCAAGAAAACCGACAGGCGAGCAGUGGGCUCGGGUCGCUCGCAGAUGAGCUUGAAUCGGUUGGCGAAGGCGGAGAUGCUGACUCCCGUCGACGCCUCGAAACAGAGCUUAAAUCCCUCAAAGAUCAAAAUAAGGCUUUGAGCCUCUAUAUUGAAAGGAUCAUAGGGCGUCUGCUCCAAACUGAGGGUUUCGAGCAUAUUUUGGACAAAAAUGACACCAAUCCGUCGGCCCUCGUGAACAAAACGGCCAAUACCGAUAAGGAUCUACCUCCACCUCCCCCACCGUCAGACAAAGUGGAAAGUACCGGGACAUCGUUUCUUCAAAGGGCGAAGUCCGUUGUGUCAGGUCAAGCUACCCGACCCAAGCCCAAACCGCGGACAAUGAGUAAUCUUACACAAAGCCCAAUCCAUGAACCCCAGCCCGAGGCCCAUCCUACGGUCAAUGAAAAUCCGGACACUGCACCAAGUAUCCCGCUACACCGUUCACGUACAAUGCACCGGAGGACCCGAUCGGAUCAAGCAGAUGGUACCGCUGCUGCUGUCGUAGGUCAGAUGUACCGCGGUCCAUCACCCAAUGGCCCUCUGAGCCCUGGAAUCAGCCCUACACUCUCCUCAGGGCAAGGAUCGUUCUUCAAUUCUAGCAUCGCAUCAAAACGAGCAUCUGUCCCUGUCGGUUCCAUCUCUAGCAGGGCGUACGAUCGAGGAUUGAACAGCACACCUAGCGUGUCAAGCGAUCGCAGCGGUGAGGUAGGCUCAACUGAAGGCACAUCCAGCCCUCAGCGCUCCAGCCCGGGCAUGAAUAACUAUACCGGCGCAGUGAUGACGCAGAAUAAAUUGCGACCUUUGCGCCUCGUCCAGGAGAACAAGGAGCUUGAAGGCGGGGACCAAGCUGACGAAGAAGCACGUAAGAAGGCGAAUCGCGGAAGCUGGAUUUCCUGGUUCAAUCGCCCUGGGCAAACCGAUCCUCCAAAUGUCACGCCCACCUGA